AUGUUCACAAGCUCAAACUCUCAGACUCGCUCUCUCUCUCUCUCAAACCUCUCUCUCUCUCUCACACACACACACAUUCACAUCUUAAAGUCCCUCUCUCUCUCUCGAAAUCUCUCUCUCUCGAAAUCUCCUCCCUUGGACUCUCUUUACGAUGUCCCUCUCUCGCACUUCUUCUCUCUGUUUCUCUCUCUCUCUCUCUCUGUUUCUCUCUCUGUGUUUCUCUCUGCUUCAUGCCUCUUCUCAAUCUCUCUCUCUUCUCUCUCUCUCUCUCUCUCAAACUUGAAUCUCUCUCUCUCUCUCAAUCUCUCUCUCUCUCUUACACAACGAGAUCGGUGGCGACUUGUAACCAGCAAGAUGGAUUCGCGCCGACCAUCGCAACCCAUUCCCGUCACUGCCGUCCGGCGGCCGAGCUCGCCCUCGAGCUCGGCCACCCGUGAAAGCUAUGACCAGCUUGGUGAACAAUUCGAGUUUGAAGAUACUUCACAGAGCCAAGAGUACCAGCAGCCCACCUCCCCGGCCACCUCUGGCAUCGCCACCACCAGCCUGCGCCAUCGACGCCUGGCCCCUCCCCAUUCCCUCAAGACCAACUUGAGCCCUAGCAAAGCCUCGCUGCCCGUCAUGUCCCCAUACACCCGUGGAACCUUUGGCCGUCUUCGUCGCCCUGCUCACGCCGCUGAGCAAGCCCACACCCCCGAUCACCACGCCCUCCAAAACAGCCGCACAAUGGAUGAUAAUGAUGAGGACCUGGAAUCCAACGUCCACGACCCUCUCCUGGCCAAACACCACUUUGAUGACCCAGCGGAACAGGAUUCUGAAGAUCCAGCUGCCCCAAGCGCCCACCGGCACGGCGGAUCAGACAGUCCAAGCGGUGGAAAGGGGUAUGGAGCCACCUCCGAUCAAGAACCCGUGGACAUUGAGCUGCACAGCUCCUUGGCCAGCCCGUCCCAGUCCUUUUGGCAGCGACAAGGCACAGCCCUCCUCUUUGGCAUCAUCAAUGCCAUCAUCAUUGUUCCCGUCGUCGUCUCCUACACCCAAAUCAUCUUUAGCAACACGUUUUACAAACCGUACCUCCCCACCCUCAUCAAGCUCGUCUUCUUCUCUUCGGUCGUGCACCAGACGUGCUUCACCGUUCUCUCCUCUCUCUCCUUUGCCAUUGGCCAAGUCCAAGACGCGGGCCUCAUCUUCCUCUCGGCCAUGGCAACCAGCAUUGCAACCCAGCUCCAGAAUGAGGGCCAUGAAGCACAUGCUAUUUUGGCCACCACCUUGGUGUGGAUUGGUCUCUCAACUGCGCUACUUGGCCUUGCCCUCUACAUUACCGGCUCUCUCAAACUGGCCUCCAUUGUCCAGUACCUGCCCAUGCCCGUGGUCGGCGGCUACCUGAGCUACAUUGGACUUUAUAGCCUGCAAGCUGGACUGGCCCUCAUGUCCGAUUGUACGCUCAAUAGCGUCAUGGAUUGGGGUCAGCUGCUCAAGCCAGACAUUGGCAUUCUUCUAGCCCCUGGACUGGCCUGUGGCCUUUUGCUGAUGGUCGUGUCUCGCACCGUGAAUCACUUUGCCGCCUUGCCACUCUGCCUGGUGGCCAUUCCUGUCGGCUUUUACAUUGUUCUGGCCUGUACCAGCACCUCUCUCACGGAAGCUCGAAGUGCUUUCAACGGCAGCGGCUGGGUGGCGCCGACUUCUCCGCCCACGCAGUUUUACGACACGUGGAAUGACUUUAAGUUUGCCGAUGUCAAGUGGCAUGUCAUCCCCUCCCUCCUGCCAACCUGGCUCGCCAUGUACAUCGUGGUUGCCUUCUCGUCGUGCUUGGACGUUGCUGCUAUCCAAAUGGAGCUGGGUUCGCCACUUGACUUUAACCAUGAAUUAAAGACUGUUGGUCUUUCCAAUUUCUUCUCCGGUAUUACUGGAGGGCAAACCGGCUCGUACAUUUUUAGCCAGACCCUUCUGACCUGCCGCGCGGGUGUCAACAGCAAGCUCAACGGCGUCGUCAUCAUCCUGACCUGUCUUUUGAUGUUUGGCCUGCCCAUGUCCCUCUUAGCCUACAUGCCAAAGUUCUUCUUCGGCUCGGUCCUGGUGUUUAUUGGAUUCGACCUCAUGGUUGAUUGGCUCAUUUCAAGCUUCAAGAUGGUGGCGCUUCUGGAAUAUAUCAUCGUAUGGGGCACGCUGAUUGCCAUCGUGGCGCUCAACAAUCUGGAGUACGGCUUUUUGUGCGGCAUUGGCCUUUGCUUGGUCGUGUUCAUCUUUCAGUACUCGCGCGAGCCCACGGCUGAGAAGCUGCGCUGCCGCAGCAAUGUGAUUCGUGGUUUUCGCCAACGACAGCAACUUUCGCGGCACGGCAAAGCCAUUGUGGCCAUGCGCUUGACUGGACACGUGUUCUUUGGCAAGGCCGUGGGUUUGCUCAAGGAAGUUGAACGCCGAGUGGUUGUUCGCACUUUUUUGUCCGAGCCUUAUGCGCGAAAACCGUCUGUCGCCGACUUUUUCGUGCGGGCUGGCCGCUUGAUUCAGCGACGCAUGAGUCAGGCGCCACCGCCAGCGCUAAACAAGGUGCAGGAGGACGACGAAGAGGAUUUUCCCCCGGAGAGCCCCUUACCUGACCUUGGUCAUCUGGACGAUAGCGCAUCGCGUUCCUCGCAACCACGCUCGCCGCUGCGCAAGCAGCAGAGCAGUUCUGGCUUGGCUCGACCAGACCCAAUGGCCACGAGGUUAGCCGAACAGGAGAGCCCUCUGCUGACGCUGGGCGACAAUGAGGACCUGGCUUAUCUUCACGAAGCUGAUGACUACUAUCGCCCCCACACCUGGGCCAAGCGGGAGGGCCUGGUGGCGACGCGCUAUUUGAUCCUCGACUUUUCUAGCGUAACGGCCAUUGAUGCCACGGCCAUUCGCAGCUGCUUCAUGAUCCUGCGCCAGCGCCUUCAACGCAACAAUGUCACGCUGGUGUUUACGGGUAUGAGUGAGCUGAUUGAGCGGCUGAUGGUGCAACAAGAGGUGCUACCAGAGCCUGAUAUUUUGCAUGUGGACAACGAAGAUCGACAAGAGGGCCGUCAAAUGACAGCGCCCCUCGAACACCUGGUGGAUGAUGUGGAAGCCGUUGAUGGCUGUCUGGCUCUUCCAUCGUUGGACCAUGGGUUGGAGUGGGCUGAAGACCGAUUGCUGCAAACGCUGCAAGUUAAGCAUCCACGCCGCCUUUCCGUCUCGGAACCAAGUAUUCGCGGCAUUUUGGAAGCCUAUGGCGUUCUGGAGCCAUCUUUGGCCAGCUUAACGGACGACGAUUUGCAACAGUACUACACGGAACGACAUUGUGCUUCAGGUGACUUGGUGUUUCGACGAGGUGACCCGGCGGAUCGUCUCUACUUUAUCAUUCAGGGCGACGUCGUUCUCUACAAGCAUUCUGUGGCACAACGCGCACGGCGCUACGACCAGGGGGGUGUCUUUGGCGAGAUGAACUUUUUAUUGCAACAACGGCGUUGGUAUAAUGCAUGCGCCGUCUCCCGGACGGUGUUGGCAGAGCUGACCAUUGACAGCUAUCGAAUGAUGAAGCGCCAGCACCCAGGCCUUUUCAUUGCGUUGCAAGCAGCGCUCCUCAAGAGCAUGGCCCGCAUCGCAUCGGACAAUGCCUUUUCCUCAUAG